AUGAUGGUCCCAGAACUUCUUGGAUCCUUAAUACACCAGUGUUCAAAAACCAAGGCGCUAAGACAAGGUCUCCCACUGCACGCAAUAGCUAUCAAAACAGCAACAAAGUCCGAUGUUAUUGUCUCUAACCACAUCCUUAACAUGUAUGCAAAAUGUGGCAAAAUAAGGGAAGCUCGCCAUCUGUUUGAUGAAAUGCCUGAAAGGAAUCUUGUUUCAUGGUCAGCUAUGAUUUCUGGUUAUGAACAGAUUGGGGAGCCCAUUUUGGCACUUGGGUUGUUUUCAAAAUUGAAACUUGUGCCUAAUGAGUAUAUAUAUGCUAGUGUUAUUAGUGCCUGUGCUAGUUUGAAGGGACUUUCUCAAGGGAAGCAAAUUCAUGGUCGGUCUUUGAUGUUUGGGUUUGAUUCUGUUUCUUUUGUCUCUAAUGCGCUUGUUACAAUGUAUAUGAAGUGUGGCCAGUGUAGUGAUGCAUUUUUGGUUUCCAACGAUGCAUUAGAGCUCAAUGUUGUUGCUUGUAAUGCUUUGAUUACUGGGUUUGUUGAGAAUCGGCAACCUGAGAAGGGUUUUGAAGUGUUUAGAACGAUGUAUCGAAAGGGUUUUUUGCCUGAUAGAUUUACUUUUGUUGGAUUGUUGGGGACUUGUAAUAGCAGUGAUGAUUUGAGAAGAGGGGAACAUUUGCAUUGUCAAACAAUAAAGCUUAAACUCGACUCUUCUGCUUUUAUUGGGAAUCUGAUAAUCACAAUGUAUUCAAAGUUAAAUUUGUUAGAAGAAGUAGAGAAGGUUUUUAGAUUAGUUGAAGAGAAAGAUCUUUUUUCAUGGAAUACUUUUAUAAGUGCUUGUUCUCAUUGUAAUGAUCAUGAGAAAGCUUUGGGAGCUUUUAAAGAGAUGCUAACUGAAUGUAGUGUGAGGCCUGAUGACUUUACUUUUGCUAGUGCUCUUGCUGCUUGUUCUGGGCUUGCAUCAAUAGGCAAUGGAAAGCAGAUUCACGGUCAUUUAAUUAGGACAAGGCUGUAUCAAGAUGUUGGUGUUGGUAACGCCCUUGUAAACAUGUAUGCUAAAUGUGGUUGCAUUGGAGUGGCUUUUGAUAUUUUCAGCAAGAUGGAGCAUCAAAAUCUUGUUUCAUGGAAUACCAUGAUUGCUGGAUUUGGAAAUCACGGGCUUGGAGGGAAGGCAAUUGAACUCUUUGAGAAGAUGAGGACAAGGGGAGUAAAGCCAGAUUCUGUAACGUUUGUUGGACUUUUAACAGCUUGCAAUCAUGCUGGGUGGGUGGAUGAGGGGCGACUUUAUUUCAAUUCUAUGGAAGAAACUUAUGGGAUUUCCCCUGAAAUUGAGCAUUUCUCUUGUCUCAUUGAUUUAUUGGGACGAGCUGGCAGAUUAAACGAGGCAGAAAAGUACAUGAAGAAAUUUCCUUUUGGGCAUGAUCCUGUUGUUUUAGGUAGCUUGCUGUCUGCAUGUCGGUUGCAUGGAGAUGUUGAUAUCGGGAAACGUUUAGGUAGACAACUUCUGAAACUUCAGCCAGUGACUACGUCACCCUAUGUUUUGUUAUCAAACUUGUGUGCUUCAGAUGAAAUGUGGGAUGGUGUUGCAGAGGCAUGGAAGCUGUUGAAGGGCAGCGGAUUGAAGAAGGAGCCAGGUCAUAGUCUGAUUGAAGUGAAGGGAACUUUUGAGAAGUUUACUGUAGUGGAUUUUUCACAUUCAAGGAUUGAAGAGAUUAAGGACAUGCUCAAAACUUUAAGUUGGGCAGUGGUUGAAGUUCAGUCUCAAUUGUUUAACUCAGUUGAAUUGGAUCCGAAGGAUGACAGUGACGAUGUGGCAUGCAAAUGCAUAGCUUCCUUUUUAGAUGACGAGGAAGCAGUGUCUCAACGUGAUCGAUGUGGCUUAUGUGAUAAGAAGGUGAAUGCUUUGAAGCUCAGCCAAAGGCAAAAUCUUAACAGUCUGCAGUUAAGGAAAGAAGGUCGGACUCGGGGGCAUCCAGGUGAGCUAAUGCUUGUUGAAAUGUUAAAAGUUUCGGAAAAUGACCGCCGAACUGCCGAAAAUGUGGAUUCGGUUAUUGAAUCAUUUCAAGUGAAUAAAGACUAG